AUGUCCGUUGCUACUGCUCGGCCUCCCAUAGCAGGAGCUGGAAGCAGCACCUCUGUCCAUCAUCGAGCUGGUCCCUCACGGAAAACCGGACCACCGGCUGGGUUCGAGGUGCUCUCGGUAUACCAAGCAGCCCUGGCAGCUGAUCUUCCCGCGCCUAUUGCUGCUAUCAUGACACUGGUGUCACUGAUGGAAGCCUCUUCCUCUACUACGAUGACUGGUUUGGCUAGUGAGGUGAAUGCCGGAACGGAGAUCUUGCAAGACAACCAAGCAAAUCUCGGCGUCAGAGCUGGCUGUCAAUUGUGGGAAAGAUUCUUUGCAUCAUCUGGCGGAGGUCCAGAAGACUUUGCAACGGUCAAGAAAUCGCUGAUCAACCAAGGCAAGCAAUUCUGUCAUGUCACUGCGCCAGCGUGUAGGGAAAAGAUUGCAACGCUCGCAGCAGACUUUCUGGUCGAUGGAUGCACUGUUCUCACACAUGGCUUUUCUCGAACGGUCAUUUUGACACUGCUGAAAGCUCACAAACAAAGCAAGCGAUUUAACGUGUAUAUAACCGAGGGUCGGCCAAGUGGCAUGGGCAUGCGAACACACAAUGUCUUGACGAAAGCUGGCAUUCCCUGUGUGGUCGUUCUAGAUAGUGCUGUAUCAUACGUCAUGGACAGGUGUAGCAUGGUCUUGGUGGGAGCGGAGGCUGUCGUUGAGUCUGGUGGUAUCGUCUCCUACAUCGGCACCUAUCAGCUAGCACUGGUCGCUCGAGCGAUGCAGAAACCAUUCUAUGCGCUUGCGGAAUCCUACAAAUUCCUCCGUCACUAUCCACUUUCCCAGACCGAUAUUCCUCGACCGAAACACACCGGGAUCCCACUCUUGUUCACACAUGAUAUCCUUCGUACGCCUUCGAAGCCCGAUAGCGCUAUGGAUGAGGCCAAGUCCCGGGUCUCAAAAGAUGUUCGUGUGGAGAUGACGGAAGGAAUGGAGGAGCAAAACCCACUGGUCGACGUCACGGCGCCGGAACUGAUCGACUUCAUCUUUACCGAUCUUGGGGCGCCUUUAAGUCCGACGAGCGUCAGUCAAUACCUUGUUGCGCAAUUCGCCUCCUGA